AUUGGGUUUUGCGAAUCGUUCCUUUCUAUCUGAAUCAUUCAUUCUGUGAACUCACUAGUCAGAUGAAAUUGUGAAUUUCGUCGAACUAUUCUCAUCAAUAUCAUUUAAAAUUUCAUUAUUAAUUCAAUUUAAAAAUUUAUUUGCGUACUCUAGGAUUCUCUUUUACUAUUUAUUAAAUAUCUCAAGAUAAUUAGUUCUCGUGAAAAUCAUUAGAUUGGCCUACGCCCCCAUCUGAUAUAACCAUCAUAUGACUUUAGUGCUUUCUUGAACAGCGUUUCAUUUGCAAUCUAGUUAAUUCAUUUCGCUCAUCGUAUUAUAUAUUAUAUUUAAAUUAAUUCAUUAAUCUAAUUAAAAUUAAAAAUGGCAGACGACGCACCAAUUUACGGACCUUUCUUUGGAGUUAUGGGCAGUGCAGCAGCUAUGAUAUUUAGUGCCCUAGGAGCUGCAUAUGGAACUGCAAAGUCAGGAACAGGUAUUGCAGCCAUGUCUAUCAUGAGGCCAGAGUUGAUCAUGAAAUCUAUAAUUCCUGUAGUAAUGGCGGGUAUCAUUGCCAUUUAUGGUUUGGUAGUUGCUGUACUUAUUGCGAAUAAUAUAAAGUCUCCUAAAGAAGGAUACAAGUUAUAUAAUGGAUUUCUUCAUUUUGGAGCUGGGCUCUCUGUAGGCCUCAGUGGUUUGGCUGCAGGUUUCGCCAUUGGAAUCGUUGGGGAUGCUGGUGUGCGAGGAACUGCACAACAGCCAAGGCUGUUUGUUGGAAUGAUCCUUAUCCUUAUUUUUGCUGAAGUACUUGGGUUGUAUGGGCUCAUUGUAGCUCUUAUACUUACGACUAAGCUGUAAUCUGGGAAUGUAUGCAUGGGCAGAGUCUUAGCCAAAACAAUGGUUAUUUAUAUUGACUGCA